AUGAGACUCGUGCACAAGCUGGAUAAAGAGGCAAGUGUGACUGAGAAGCUAGAGUUACCCAACCUGUGUAAACUUCAGCUAGAGUUACCCAACCUGUGUAAACUUCAGCUAGAGUUACCCAACCUGUGUAAACUUCAGCUAGAGUUACCCAACCUGUGUAAACUUCAGCUAGAGUUACCCAACCUGUGUAAACUUCAGCUAGAGUUACCCAACCUGUCUAGAGUUACCCAACUGUGUAAACUUCAGCUAGAGUUACCCAACCUGUGUAAACUUCAGCUAGAGUUACCCAACCUGUGUAAACUUCAGCUAGAGUUACCCAACCUGUGUAAACUUCAGCUAGAGUUACCCAACCUGUGUAAACUUCAGCUAGAGUUACCCAACCUGAGUAAACUUCAGCUAGAGUUACCCAACCUGUGUAAACUUCAGUUUGAGAAAACGAUUCCUUGUACACCUAGAGUAAACCAGCCUGUGAAAACUUCAGUAAUGGUAAACCAAGUGGUUAAAACUUCCACUACUGUAUACCAACCUGUAAACAUUACACUGAGAAUAUCACCUCGUGUAAACUUCAGCGACAGUUAG